AUGCUAAAGGAUGCAGGAUUCGAAAAGAGAUUGACCAAAAUAAGCAAAACUAAGUGGACUCCAGAAGAAGAUACUCUUCUUCGAUCAGCGGUUGAAAAGUAUGGAACAAGCAAUUGGACAUUGAUUGGAAACUUUGUGCCCGGAAGAACUGGAAAGCAAUGCCGUGAAAGAUGGACUGGCCAAAUCUGUCCAACUAUUAACAAAGAGUCAUGGACACCUCAAGAGGAUUAUUUGCUAUUCCAAUAUCAAAAUUUAUAUGGAAAUAAAUGGGCAUUAAUUGCACAAUACCUUCCAAAUCGUACUCCAAUUGGGAUCAAGAAUAGAUGGAAUUGGUUUUGCAGAAAUAAGGAAAAAUACUAUGUCCCAAAGGAGAAAAAGCCUACUAUCAAAUUUGAAUCCAUAGUUCUGGCAAAUGAUACACUCUUUGGUGAAGAAUUUGAAGAAUUCAAAAGAAAAUUACAUUCUGACAUGCUAUAUAAUUCAAUAUCUUAUAAUGACCUUUGA